AUGCACAACACCAAGAUCUCGCUAGCAAUACACUUGUUAAUGAGCCUUUUCUGGCUGGCCGACUCUGGAUUGGUCGUUUUGCUGGUCACGCAUUGGGAAAGAUUAGAUCCUACAGUCCACUUCAAAACGUUUGUUGCAAGGAUUGUCAUGGGGGCUUUUGAAUGUUUACUCUGGCUCAUGCCGAUAGCUGAUCUCGCACUCGCCGUUGUCGAUAAGAGAGAGCAUAUGUCUACCGAUGAGCAGAUCCCACUGCCGGGAACAUAUGCCACCGCCUCCAGGCCGACACCCAUAACGCCAACACAACGAGCCGAACCAUGGGACUACAUGGUAAGCGCACCUCCCCAAAGAGUUUUCCAGCCGUUGCUUCCUGAGAACUAA